CUGCGGGGCUAGCGGCUCGGCGGGGAUCUGGCAGCGCGGCCCGGGACGGCGAGGCUCCAAACGGGAGAUGGCGGCGCGCUCGGUGCAGAUAGAACUGUGACCCAGUCCCACUCCGAGAGGACCAGCCCGCGCAGCAUGGCGAGCCCCACUCUGAGCCCCGACUCCUCAUCCCAGGAGGCCCUGUCAGCCCCCACCUGCUCCCCGACCUCGGACUCUGAGAACCUCAGCCCCGAUGAGCUGGAGCUGCUGGCCAAGCUCGAAGAGCAGAACCGGCUCCUGGAAGCCGACUCCAAGUCCAUGCGCUCCAUGAACGGCUCCCGGCGGAACAGCGGCUCCUCGCUGGUGUCCAGCUCCUCGGCCUCCUCCAACCUGAGCCACCUGGAGGAGGACACGUGGAUCCUGUGGGGCCGGAUCGCCAACGAGUGGGAGGAGUGGCGGCGCCGGAAGGAGAAGCUGCUCAAGGAGCUCAUCCGCAAGGGCAUCCCGCACCACUUCCGGGCCAUCGUGUGGCAGCUCCUGUGCAGCGCCACGGACAUGCCCGUCAAGAACCAGUACUCGGAGCUGCUCAAGAUGUCCUCGCCGUGCGAGAAGCUGAUCCGCAGGGACAUCGCGCGCACCUACCCGGAGCACGAGUUCUUCAAGGGCCAGGACAGCCUGGGCCAGGAAGUGCUCUUCAACGUCAUGAAGGCCUAUUCCCUGGUCGACCGGGAGGUGGGCUACUGCCAGGGCAGUGCCUUCAUCGUGGGCCUGCUCCUCAUGCAGAUGCCCGAGGAGGAGGCCUUCUGUGUGUUCGUGCGGCUGAUGCAGGAGUACCGGCUGCGGGAGCUCUUCAAGCCCAGCAUGGCCGAGCUGGGGCUCUGCAUCUACCAGUUCGAGUACAUGCUGCAGGAGCAGCUCCCGGACCUCAACACCCACUUCCGCUCGCAGAGCUUCCACACGUCCAUGUACGCCUCGUCCUGGUUCCUCACGCUCUUCCUCACCACCUUCCCGCUGCCCGUCGCCACGCGCGUCUUCGAUAUCUUCAUGUAUGAGGGACUGGAGAUCGUGUUCCGGGUGGGCCUCGCCCUGCUGCAGGUGAACCAAAUGGAGCUGAUGCAGCUGGACAUGGAGGGCAUGUCCCAGUACUUCCAGAGGGUGAUCCCCCACCAGUUCGACAGCUGCCCGGACAAGCUGGUGCUCAAGGCCUACCAGGUCAAGUACAACCCCAAGAAGAUGAAGAGGCUGGAGAAGGAGUAUGCAGCCAUGAAGAGCAAGGAGAUGGAGGAGCAGAUUGAGAUCAAAAGGCUUCGGACGGAGAACCGGCUCCUGAAGCAGCGGAUUGAGACCCUGGAGAAGGAGAGUGCUGCUCUGGCUGAUAGGUUAAUCCAGGGGCAGGUGACCCGGGCACAAGAAGCGGAGGAGAACUACGUCAUCAAGCGGGAGCUGGCGGUGGUGCGGCAGCAGUGCAGCUCGGCGGCGGAGGACCUGCAGAAGGCGCAGAGCACCAUCCGGCAGCUGCAGGAGCAGCAGGACAACCCACGCCUCACUGAGGACUUCGUGGCCCACCUGGAAACGGAGCUGGAGCAGUCAAGGCUGCGGGAGACCGAGACCCUGGGGGCCCUGCGGGAGAUGCAGGACAAAGUCCUGGACAUGGAAAAGCGGAACAGCUUGCUGCCCGACGAGAACAACGUGGCGCAGCUGCAGGAGGAGCUGAAGGCGCUCAAGGUGCGGGAAGGGGAGGCGGUGGCGUCGGCGCGGGAGCUGAAGCUGCAGCUGCAGGAGCUCUCGGACACCUGGCAGGCCCACCUGUCCCGCGGCGGCCGCUGGAAGGAGUCCCCGCGGAAGCUGGUCCCGGGCGAGCUGCAGGACGAGCUGAUGAGCGUGCGUCUGCGCGAGGCGCAGGCCCUGGCCGAGGGCCGCGAGCUGCGGCAGCGCGUGGUGGAGCUGGAGACGCAGGACCACAUCCACCGCAACCUGCUGAACCGCGUGGAGGCGGAGCGCGCGGCGCUGCAGGAGAAGCUGCAGUACCUGGCUGCGCAGAACAAGGGGCUGCAGGCGCAGCUCAGCGAAAGCCGCCGCAAGCAGGCCGAGGCCGAGUGCAAGAGCAAGGAGGAGGUGAUGGCCGUGCGCCUGCGGGAGGCCGACAGCAUGGCCGCGGUGGCCGAGAUGCGGCAGCGCAUCGCCGAGCUGGAGAUCCAGAGGGAGGAGGGCCGCAUCCAGGGCCAGCUGAACCACUCGGACUCGUCGCAGUACAUCCGCGAGCUCAAGGACCAGAUUCAGGAGCUGAAGGCCGAGGUGCGGCUGCUGAAGGGCCCGCCGACCUUCGAGGACCCGCUGCCCUUCGACGGGCUGAGCCUGGCGCGGCACCUGGACGAGGACUCGCUGCCGUCGUCCGACGAGGAGCUGCUCGGCGUGGGCGUGGGCGUGGGCGCGGCGCUGCAGGACGCGCUCUACCCGCUGUCCCCGCGCGACGCGCGCUUCUUCCGCCGUCUGGAGCGGCCGGCCAAGGACAGCGAGGGCAGCUCGGACAGCGACGCCGACGAGCUGGCCGCGCCUUACAGCCAGGGCCUGGACAAUUGAGCGCGUGGCCCGCGCGCCGCAGCCGCUGAGGGUCGCCCUGGGACCGGGCCGCUCCGCCCAGCGAACUCCACGGGCUCCGCGGUGCCGUCCGCCCUGGGGCUCGGCGGCGGGCAGGGCGGCCCGUCCAGGGCAGGGCCCCCGCAGGCUCUCCCUCGCCGGCAGUGUCUACCCGCCUGGGUCCGCCUGCGCCGCAGGGGCGCCCGGGCCCGCGACCUGGAGGCUCUGCCAGCCCCACCGCGCGGGCAGGGGCCGGCCGGCGGGAGGCCCCCGUCUCCAGCAGGCGUCCUCUGGGGACAAGGGCAGCCCUGCUGGGAAGGGCUGGGCAGCUGGAGGCCUGAGGCAGGAGGGGCAGCUCUGGCUGGACGGUGGCACCCUCUCGGCGUCCCUCGGGACGCAGUGACCCCUGGCUGCGGGGCUUUCCUGCCUGGAGCAGGCAUGGUGGCCACUGCAGCGGAAACCAAAGCCCCUUGUCCUGUGUGCAGGGCCACCUGGGUGGGAGGGGCAGGUGCGAGGCCUUCCCCGGCCCCAGCGCCUCACAUCUUCCUCCCAGAGACCCCGGCACGGCCCGUCGCAGCCAGCGAGGGAAGAGCGCCCCGUUCCUGGGGUCCUCGGCCCUCCCCAGGGGAGGGCGUGGCCGAGGAGCUAGCUGCCGGUCCCCCCACCUCUAGGGCCCCGCCCCACGGUCUCGGCCGGGAACGGUGCCAAAGUCGAGCGACGCCCUCAGAACUUCUUCCUUCCCUCCUCCUGCCCUGGGCCUCGCGACCCUCGGGGCUGCCCUCGGUGCUCCUGGAGCCGCGAGGAGCGACCAGCGUCCUGUCACAAGCAAUCUCCUGGGGCCUCCCGGGAUGGGGACCUCCGCUCGGUCCCCACUUCCUGGCCGCCGCCACUCUUCAGUGUUACAAGCCCGGGGGCUGGGGCGGGCACGCGCGGGGCUCUCACGUGCCCCCACACUGCCCACCACCAUUUUGCACACUGCCUGUUCACACUCCACUUGCCCAGGCGGGAACGAUGGGAAAUAAAGUGUAUUUACACAGUCA